CCUGCGCCGGAGGCGUAAGCGCCGAGACUUUGCCCCCACCCUUCCCGGUGCCGGCGCCGAGACCUCGCGCUGCCUGCCCGCCGCCAUGGCCGCUCCGUCCCCGGCCCGCCUGCUGCUCCGGGCCGCUGCCGCCGCUCCCUCCCGCCGCUGGCUCCUCUCCGCUUUGCCGGCAGCGGGACCGGGGCCGAGUUGCGGCGCCGCAGCCGUGAGGGCGUUGCGGCCGCUCAGCCUCUCGGUCCGGGCGGCGCGCAGCUCAGAAGAUAAAAUAACUGUUCAUUUCAUAAACCGUGAUGGUGACAAACUAACAGCCAAAGGAAAACCUGGAGAUUCGUUGCUGGAUGUUGUUGUUGAUAAUAAUCUAGACAUAGAUGGUUUUGGUGCAUGUGAAGGAACGUUAGCCUGUUCAACUUGUCAUUUAAUCUUUGAAGACCACAUAUUUGAGAAACUAGAUGCAAUUACUGAUGAAGAGAUGGACAUGCUAGACCUGGCAUAUGGUCUCACAGAAACAUCACGUUUAGGCUGCCAGAUCUGCUUGAAGAAGUCAAUGGACAAUAUGACUGUUCGAGUACCAGAAGCUGUUGCUGAUGCUAGACAAUCAGUAGAUUUGAGUAAAAACUCCUGAAAGAAAAUAUCGUAGGAGUAUCAAAGAAGCUUAAUUAUUUUUAUAACUUAUUUUUAAAUGUGUAAUUAAAUAUGGAAACUUACAUAAUUGUGAGUUAUUUUAUAUGACUAUCAGUACUAGAUUAAUGCUAUUUUAAUUUUUCUUUAUAGAACCUCCUAUAUUUUUACGCUUCAGAUGCAAUAAUACUUCUAACUGAUCACUGGACUAUAAAUGUUAGCAAGUGUAUUACAGAUUUCAUAUAAUUUUACUCUGCCAAAACCUUUAAUGAUGAUUGAAAACUGAAUCACUUCUAUAAGACUUCUAAAACCCCUGGGCACUGCUAGAUGUCAGGCCUAGAUCUGUUAGCAGGACUUGUGAGACCACACAAAGUCUUUUUAAGUGUUUCUGUUAAAGAUGUAUGCUCAGAACUAAUUUGCUUUCUCAGUAGGUAUGAUACUUCCUUUGCAAGUAGUGAAUUUUCAGGGUAGUUGUUUUCCAAAUUUAUGAAACUUACUGGAGAUGUGGCAAAUCCCAUCUCACGAAAAUACUGUUAAAACCACAAAAACGAGGGGCCAAUACAGAGCAUGGGCACAUGCAGCCUGAUUGCUGCAGUACGCCGCAACUGUGGACCCGGACAUGGCUUCAAGUAAAGGCUUGGAGCAGUAUAACAGAAAGUAAAUGCAAAUUCUUGCCAUCCUCUGAAGCUUGGACGGCUGAAUUGAGGUUGAAAAGAGCACGGUUUGUCAGCAUAAGAUUUGUUCUGAAUCCUUAUUUCUUACUUUUUCAGUUUUGAGCUUGCUCAGGAAGCAGUCUGAUGUUGGCUAAGGCAUUCAGCUUGAGGAGAGUCCUGGAUUCUGUGCCUUGCUCCCAGAAUAAUUUCAUUGAUUGAUGUGAAGUGACCAAGCACAUUGUUCCCAUAAAGAUGCACUAGAUUUCUCAGAAGGGGUGGGCAGACACCUAUGGUGGGUUAUCAUGUAGACUGGUGACUGAGAACAUUCAGUUGGGUCUUAUUUUAGUUGUUCUAAAGUAGGCCAACAUGAAAUAACGCGUCUAAGAGUUAUGCUGGUUUACCCACUCUUUGUUGCCAAAAUAACUAAAUGAAAUGGCUGUCACUUGUACAGUAGUCAUUACUUUUAUAACAUUAUUUUAUGGUUUGGGGCAUAUUUUUAUGUAUGUAACACGUUUAUGUACAUUUGAAUGAUUUAAUGCAUUCAUUAAUGCCUUAUUUGAACUGGUGACAGUGAUGCCUAGGCAUCUUUUCUUGCAUGAUUGUAUUUAUGGAGAGAGAGAAAAAAACACAAACUACUGUUUUUCCAGUGUUGAGUAUUAGAAUUAUUUUGAACUUCAUUAAGGGGGGACAGAAAGCCCCUGUUAGGAAAAAGAAGGAUUUUCUAGAACUAUAUUGAAAAAAUGGAUCCAGUUUGGGGUCCUUGGUUUCCUCUCUGAGCAGGUAUUCCUUUGUUUUGUGGUGCUCACUGUGGACUUCCACCUAGAGCAAGGUGUGCUUCAUGUGCAAGGUCUGCACAGAGAACAUUAGGGAGUUGGAAAUUUGCGUUGUAUCUCAUCUAAUUAAAAGUACAACUUCAGAGUUGAAAUUUCCUGGCUUUUUAAAGGUGGAGAGAAUGAGGUUGGUUGAAGAAGUGCGCUGAAGAUACUGCUGUCUUCCUUUGUAACUGCUGCGAGCAGCUGUAAUUUAGAGGUUACCUUCCUGCAAUCUCAUAAGCUCACUGUUUGUAUUACCUUUAUCCUGAGUUCAUUUAUACACUGCAGUUCUUAUUAAAUAUCAAACUCUUAUAAUUUUUACAUGGGACACAGCUCCUCAGCUUCCGAGAGAGAACUCGGGUCUUCAUAACUCAUUUUGAAUUCUGGAAGUAUUCCGUGGUUCAUAUAAAUAGAAAUCUCAGAAGACAAAAGAAUGUGUGUGUCACCCCCAACAUGCACAUUUCAGAUAUACUUGUUUCCUUUUUGUCAAAGUGAUUUGCAAAUAAAUCUUAUUUUAUACCACUUUC